CUCACUGUUUGGGCGGGACAUCCAGAGAUGGGCGGAGCUUUGACUGCCUGUGUAAUCACACACAUACAUACACGCACAGUGCCGGUGACUAGUGCAGCUUUCUUUUCCUUCCCUUUAGCUCUGCGGGAGGAGGGAGUUCGGCAGGGUUCCGGGUCGCUCUAGUGGUUCCGGGUAGCGGAGGAGGAGGGAGGGGGGGAGCUUGGGCUAAGGCUGUUUUGUUUGGCUUCCCCUACCUACUGUGUGUGAGAGCGAGACAGACGAGUGCUGCUGGGAUGCCGUCCUGUUCGCUGUCUCCUAGGAGAGACUGGGAAACGAGGAGUCAUACGGAGAGUGUUUAGGGCCAUACUGCUGCCUGAUACUGUACCACUCGCUACUCGCACUGACAUGAUGAUGAUGAUGCUGCUGCCUGCGGACCUGGGCUGCCUGCCUGCACCGAUCUGACAAAUUCUCCGGCAAUUGCAUUCCUUCUCGAUCUAAUGCAACAAAAAAAGUUAUUUUGGGUGUUAAAAGCUUAGACUCUCACGCAGACAAGAGAAAACUCCCUGUCUAGAAAAAAAAGACCAUCUUUUUGUGGCAAGUUCUAAAAAGGAAGAUUCCAAAGAAUGGGACUUGGUGUUCUUAAGGCCCCUGGUGAAUGGUGAAUCACCCCAGAGCUUGGCUCUCUUUGCACAACAUGAUUGAUUAUCUGACUGAUAGGCUGGCACCGUCUGCAUUGGUCAGGGAACAGCAUGGCAGGUCUUGUGAUUUAUCUCCAGUGUGCAGAAUGCAGCGGCGGAGCCAGGUUAAAAGCUGAAAGCAGAAAUCUGAGAGAGAGCAGCGAGGCUCGGCGAUUGGUUCACCAUGGGAAAUGCUACUACCAAGUUCCGCAAGGCGUUGAUAAAUGGGGACGAGAACCUGGCCUACCAAAUAUACGAGAACAACCCUCAACUGAAAGAGUCAUUGGACCCAAACACAUCCUAUGGGGAAACCUACCAGCAUAACACCCCACUGCACUAUGCUUCACGGUUUGGCAUGACUCACCUCAUAAGGGCUUUUCUGUCUGGGAAGGAUGGCAACCCCAACAAGCGCAACAUUCACAACGAAAGCUCUAUGCACAUGCUAUGUAUGGGAUCUCGCCUCAUGAUAUCAGAAGGUGCCCUCGACCACCGAUUGCCCCGGCUUGUGGAUGAUGAUCGCAGGAGGUCUGAAUGUUUGAAGAGGAUUCUAGAAUGGAAAGGUGCAAAACUUGACCAUGGGGAAUAUGAGAGAGCUUCACUUGAUGCCACGGACAAUAAAAAAAACACCCCCUUGCACUAUGCUGCUGCCUCAGGGAUGAAAAUUUGUGUAGAGCUGUUAGUAAGAAGUGGUAGUGACUUGUUUGCUGAAAAUGAAAAUAAAGAUACCCCCUGCGACUGCGCUGAGAAACAGCAUCACAAAGAGCUUGCCCUCAAACUGGAAUCCCAGAUGGUUUUCUCCCGUGAUCCUGAGGCUGAUGAUAUCGAAGCAGAAUAUGCUGCAUUAGACAAGCGUGAGCCAUAUGAAGGAUUGAGGCCCCAAGACUUGCGGCGUCUGAAGGACAUGUUAAUUGUCGAGACGGCAGAUAUGCUUCAAGCUCCUCUCUUCACAGCAGAGGCUUUGCUCCGUGCCCAUGACUGGGACAGAGAGAAGCUGCUUGAGGCCUGGAUGUGCAGCCCAGAAAAUUGUUGCCAACGUUCAGGAGUUCAGAUGCCAAUACCCCCUCCAAGCGGAUACAAUGCCUGGGACACACUGCCUUCCCCACGUACUCCACGCACCACUCGCUCCUCUGUCACUUCUCCUGAUGAAAUCAGCCUUUCUCCUGGGGACAUUGACACACCUCUGUGUGGUAUCUGCCUGUGCAAUAUUUCUGUUUUUGAAGACCCAGUGGAGAUACCUUGUGGGCAUGAGUUCUGCAGAGCCUGUUGGGAAUCCUUUUUAAACCUUAAAAUCCAAGAGGGGGAAGCCCACAACAUCUUCUGCCCUGCAUAUGACUGCUUUCAGCUUGUUCCAGUUGAUGUCAUCGAAAGUGUGGUUUCUAAGGAGAUGGACAAGCGUUACCUUCAGUUUGAUAUAAAGGCAUUUGUAGAGAACAACACUGCUAUUCGAUGGUGCCCAACGGCAGCAUGUGAAAGAGCAGUUCGGCUUAAAAAGCAGGGAACCAAUACUUCAGGAUCAGACACCCUGACCUUUCCUUUGCUUAGAGCCCCAGCUGUGGAUUGUGGAAAAGGACAUCUUUUUUGCUGGGAAUGCCUGGGUGAGGCACAUGAACCCUGUGAUUGUGAAACAUGGAAAAACUGGCUGCAGAAGGUGUCAGAAAUGAAGCCAGAGGAACUUGUGGGAGUUAGCGAGGCUUUUGAAGAUGCUGCCAACUGCUUGUGGCUGCUAACAAACUCCAAACCGUGCACCAACUGCAAGUCUCCUAUACAGAAGAACGAAGGCUGUAACCACAUGCAGUGUGCCAAGUGUAAAUCUGAUUUCUGCUGGAUCUGCUUGGAGGAAUGGAAAAAGCACAGCUCUUCCACUGGAGGCUAUUACCGUUGCACUCGCUAUGAGGUCAUCAAUCAAGUGGAGGAACAGUCGAAAGAAAUGACAGUCGAGGCAGAAACGAAACACAAGAGAUUUCAGGAGCUGGACAGAUUUAUGCACUACUACACACGGUUCAAGAACCACGAACACAGUUAUCAGCUUGAGCAGCGUCUUUUAAAAACAGCCAAAGAAAAGAUGGAGCAGCUGAGCAGAGCUCUUAGUGAAACAGAGGGAACCUGCCCAGAUACAAUGUUCAUCGAAGACGCAGUACAAGAACUGCUGAAGACAAGGCGCAUUCUCAAGUGUUCUUACCCAUAUGGAUUCUUCUUGGAACCUAAAAGCACAAAAAAAGAAAUAUUCGAAUUAAUGCAGACCGACUUAGAAAUGGUUACAGAGGAUCUUGCCCAGAAGGUAAACAGGCCUUACCUGCGCACUCCUCGCCAUAAGAUCAUUCGGGCAGCCUGCCUUGUGCAGCAGAAGAGGCAGGAGUUUUUGGCUUCUGUGGCCCGGGGUGUAGCUCCUGCUGAUUCCCCAGAGGCUCCAAGACGCAGUUUUGCUGGUGGAACAUGGGACUGGGAGUAUCUAGGAUUUGCAUCCCCUGAGGAAUAUGCAGAAUUUCAGUACCGGAGACGGCACAGACAGCGACGCAGAGGAGACAUGCACAGUGUCAGGAGCAAUACCCCAGAUCCUGAUGAUCGCUCUGAGAACUUAUUAGACACCCAGGAAGCUUGUGGUAGCCGAAGGCAUGGAACCUCUAUGGCAUUUAGCUCCUUGGAUGAAGAUGAUCCAAAUAUUCUCUUGGCGAUCCAGUUGUCUUUGCAGGAAUCCGGUCUUGCUGUGGAUGAAGAAACAAGAGAGUUUCUGAACAAUGAGGCAUCUCUCGGUGCCAUAGGCACAUCAUUACCUUCAAGACUUGACCCAGCUCCAAUAAGCGUUGAUAACCCAAGGUCUGCUUUAAGUAGCUCUGAGUUGUUAGAACUGGGAGAAAGCCUAGUUAGACUAGGAGCCAGUAGUGAACCAUAUGCAACAGCUCAUCAUCUUUCACACCCUUUCAGUGAUAUUCAAGGUGAUUUGUGUUCAACUUCAAGUGACCUUGAUUCAUCUAGCCAAGACCCAAACUUGAGUGAGAAUCUGUUGGGUAAUAUCAUGGCAUGGUUCCAUGACAUCAAUCCUCAGAGCAUUGCCCUUAUACCAUCCGCAACUUCAGAAACCGACGUCGAUUUGCAGCCGCUGAACGGCGAUGAACAACUGUCACCUCCAACGCUUAGGGAGCCACCUCAGAGUCUGGCCGAGGAGCAUGCACUUUUCCAGGAUGCACUAAUCAAUGAAUACAAAGAAAUCCAAACUGAAGAAAGCACUUCCGAGGAGAAUGUACCUGCGCUCGAUGGAGUAUCACAAAGUGACGACCCCACAAAUGAUGUUACAAGCAGUAUGAACAGUUCUGAAGAUAUUUCAAGUAGAACUCCUGAAACUUCAACUGAAUGGGUUGAACAAGUACAUUUGGUAUGAACCUGACUGGUCAAACUGAUUUAGUUGUUUCAGAUGUCCCUCACGUGUUGGAGGUCGUGUUCCAUUUCAGUCCACUGACAAAAUGGAUUGAAUACUUGGAAUUGUAAUGUGCUUGCAGUCCUCUGAACCAAGCAGAACUCCUUGAGACUUUCUUCUGCAUUCAAUUGGAGUUUUGAUUGCCUUGAUUUGUUUUUUUUUUGUUUUUUGGAAGCAAGAAAUAAGUAGCGUGAAUUCUACUUUUUAAUAAAAUGCAGUGAUUAUGUA